AUUUAUGUUAUCCCUUGCGGGCACCGUGCUAUCAAUACGGCUGUCCUCAACACAAUGUUGCGCCGCCCUGAGCGGACUCUUCCCUGCCAAUGUAUACUAUCCUAAUAGCACCGUCUACGUGCAGGAAGAGUCUACGUACUACUCUGCGCUGCAGGCCGAGCAGGACCCCGCAUGCCGGGUUGUGCCAACGAGUGCAGAGAAGGUCGCCCAAGUUGUGCAACUGGCUACGGAGAAUAACUGCAUAUUCGCUGUGCGCUCGGGAGGACAUAUGAACUGGAAGGGCUCCUCGAAUGUCGGCCCUGCGGGAUUUACGAUCGACCUGCAGCAGCUCAACCAGAUUUCGCUCUCAUCCGAUCAUAGCACUCUCUCCGUUGGCCCGGGUGCUCUUUGGGGGCAAGUGUACGACUUGGCGUCUCCGCUGAACUUGACUGUGCUUGGAGGCAGAGUUUCUACCGUCGGCGUGGGCGGCUUUCUUGUGGGCGGCGGCAUAGGCUACCUCAGUUAUCAAUAUGGCCUCGCACCCGCGUACAUCACGGAAUACGAGAUUGUCCUGGCCAAUGGAACCUUCGUCAAUGCAUCUAGUGAAAACAACGCUGCCCUUCACUGGGCACUUGCUUUAGGGUCCACCAACUUUGGUGUCGUGACACAGUAUACAUUGGAAACAUUUGCUCUUGGCGGCAUGUGGGGAGGAGCUCUGUCUCUUGGCAUACAGGAAGCGCCGGCAGUCAUGGAUUACUUCCUUGCCUAUGUCAACAAGCUUGCUGACGACCCCAAGGGACUCUCGUCCGUGACGAUGGCGUGGAAUUCAACAGCACAGGACUAUGGUAUAUUCAUCGGGAUUGCAUACCUGCUACCUGUCAGCUUUCCCCCUCUGUUCUCCGGGCUGGAGCAGUUGAUCCCCAAUGCAACUGAGAACACACUUGAAAUCACCAACCUAACGGCCAUCGCUACUUCGUUUGCCGACGCAGAUCCAUCUGGCUAUCGUCAAGCGUGGUGGACGUUGACGUUUGAGGCGGAUACGCAGCUCGUCCUGGAUGUUCAGCAAUAUGGCCGAGCGCUGUUCGCAGACCUACUUGCGGUGAACGGGACGCAGUGGAGCCUGAAUGUACAACCCAUUAAUCACCAAAUGAUCACCGCGACGCAGGCAGCGAAUAAUCCAGCCGGCCUGGAGGGAGAAAAUCUCUUCUUGAUCUUGGAACAUUUGACCUGGGAGGAUCCUACAUUAGACGAAGUAAUGGAAGACCGGUCAAGAGACUACCUGGCAUGGGCGGAAGCGCUUGCGCGUGAACGUGGACUGCUCAACCGCUUCCUGUACCUGAACUACGCCGAUGGACAUCAGCCGAUCUAUGCUCAGAUUGGCCUUGACAAUCUAGAGAAGCUUCAGGCAGUCAAGAACGACUACGAUCCGGAUAAUGCGAUGGGCAGAUUGUGGUUGGGAGGAUUCAAGUUCUGA